AAAUGGGAGUCGAUACGGAAGUUACCGGUAUACUCCGGGAUGUUGUGCAAUUCUUGGAAUGUCUCCGGGAAGUGAAACUUCCGAUUAGCUUGGAGAGCAUUCGCGACAACUUGCUGAUACGUUCGAAAAAUACGCUGACCACGACGUUCGCGGUGGAUAGAAUCGCGUCUCCGGAACCGUACUUGAAUAUGAACGCAGCCGGUCCGAAAGGCUUGAUUAAGGCGACGUUGAAAACGGAAGCCGAGCUACAAGAGUACGUACGGGCAGAGGAACAAUCGCCGCAAGAUGGUUAUUACGAGGCUUUCCAGCCGAAUCCAAUCGAAUCGAGUAAUGGUGCCGCGGUCCAGGUCCAGGCCCAGGUCCUCCAAGCAGCCGAUAAUAUUCGAAAUAAAGAGGAUCGUGUGGAAAAUACGCUGGUAGAGAUUUACGCGAGCUUUACCGCAGCACAAACGAAAAGUAAGUGCCAAAUCUGCGGCUCCCUUAUUAGGAAAGAAGGAAAGAAAUUGUUCGUUUUCGAACAGUACCGAACGUGCUGGGUCGGUUUGGUCGGAUCACAUUUAUUGAUUUACGGAAACGUUCGAGAUAAUCGUCCAUGCACCAUUUUACCGAUUCGUGGUUACAUGGCUCGUGCUGCUCCUAAUGCCACUCCUCGAGAUCAACGACGAAGCGAAUCUACUUUUGAGAUUUUUCGUCCCGGUAACAGGACCUUCCAGUUUGUUGCGCAAACUCCAAAGGACAUGGAGGAAUGGGUAAGGAAAAUUUGUGAAUUAGAAGGAGGGGAAAAAGGCGAAUAUAAACAUGACUUUCCGAAAAUUAUACCGCCACCCUAUCUUGCCCCGAACACCGACAUCGGCCAAUCGAACAAAGAAGAUCGAUAUCAAGAAGUAAGUUCGGACAACCUUUCCGAACAACCUUCGAUCCUUCCUUCCAACGACAAGGAGGAUACGACAGAUGCACGAGGGGACGAUAUUUCUUCCAAGGAUGCGUUGUCUUCCUCUCCUCCUCCCCCUCCUUCUCCAUCUUUUCCUCCUCCAUUACCAGCUCGUAUCCCCCGAACAUUACCCUCCUUACCUCUUCCUCCUCGUUCGUCUUACGAAUUUCCCGAUGAAGAAGAGGACGACAUUUAUCAUAAGAUCGAAGACUUCAGAGAAACGAUGCACUAUGGAAAUAUCGAUGAAACGUCCUUUCAAAUUAGAUCCGACGAGGAUAAAUCGACGAAAGAAUCCACAACUUACGACGAUGUUCGAGCGAGCAUUCGAAACGAAAUCAAGUUCGAAGAGAGGAGUAAAAGAAAGAAAGAUCUCGCACGAAAAUCGGUUGGCUUGCAAGCCGAAGAGACCUACGACGAUACUGUGUCGAAAGAUAAUAAGGUUGUCGACGAGUGCGACAAAUUUCUACCGUACGACAAUAUACAGAGUGCGGUGGUAUCGAACGCAAAGGUUCGAGAAACGGACAAAUCCGACGAGUCGACAAAAUCACCGCAAAAGAAAUCAUUUUUGGAUAGGGUGAGAAGCAAGAGAGAAUCGCCAAAGAAAGUUGAGAAAAAGACUAAACGUAAAGUUGCGGUGCCGCAGUCACCACCGCCACCUCCACCGCCCUCGACGGUAAAAAGCGAAGAAGCGCCAACCUAUUACGACGACGUAUGCGAUCUGAUCAAUGUUCAACAGGAAACGAAACGUUUCGAAGAAGAACAAUCGGAAUACACUUGUCCACCACCACCUAGACCGAUCUACGGAAAACCACCGGCGAUCGUCGAUGCGACCGAUCCGCAGGAAUUUUACGAUGACGUUGCCGCCUACCGAGACAAGUCUGCAGAUAAUGGCCAAACCUCUAAAUCAGAUCAGAAAAUUUUUAGAAACUCCAAUUACCUUUACGAUCCUGUUCGUAUGGACGCCACUGAUCGGCCCGUUUUAUGCGAAAAUAUCGACUAUUCGCAAGAAUCGUUCGAGGACAACGAGCAUUAUAAAACACCACGUGUCGAAUCGCGUUUUGCUAAAUACCUUUCUGACGAUCAACAAGCCGAAGAUCUGUACGAUGAUAUCGCUAUACUCGCAGAUUUUACCGCAAGGCAGAAGGAAGUUACUGGUAAAAAGGACAAUGAAGGUGUACCGAGGUCGCAAAUCAACCUAGAAAAGAGGUCGUGGAAUCGAUUUGUUACCGGAAAAAAAUCCAAAGUAACGGCAGAGUCGGUAGUUUCCGAAACGAACGGUCGAAUAUUAAAGAACGGAAUUGAUGAUUUAUCCGAUGAUCUCGCCGAGCACCACGGUUCCAUGCGAAUGAAUACCUUUCAAAAGCUUUUCAGCAGAAUGGAGAAUUCUCUUGGCAAAACAUCCGUUAGAACAGCAUCCUCGAUGCUAUCAAAUAAAACGAACGUAACCAAUAAUGCUUAAUGCCCUGAGCAGAAAGGUCCAGAAGCAACGUUCGUUACCGAACCUUUCG